AUGAAAUAUCGACGUGAUGACGGGGAGCUUCUUGAGGAUCCUACUAUCUAUCGAAAGUUGGUUGGUAGUCUUAUCUAUCUGACCAUCACCCGACUAGACAUCUCUUAUGAUGUUUACACUAUCAGCAAGUUCAUGCAAGCCCCGAGGCAUCUCCAUCUAUUUGCUGUCCGCCGCAUCAUUUGCUACAUUCUUAGCACACCUAGUUGUGGCUUAUUCUUCCCUACAGGUUCUUCCCUUCAGCUCCAAGUCUAUAGUGACGCUGAUUGGGCCGAUUGCCCAGACACCAGGAAAUCUACUAUUGGCUAG